AGCGGUUCUGACAACCAGGGGGGUAGGAAUGGGGGUGCAGGGGUCCGCGGCUUCCUGCCUUGGGAUGCACCACGGAGCGAAAAGGUUCGGUUUGAAGCCCUUUGGCAGAUUAAAUGUCGUUCAGUAAGAAAUUUGGGGACCCUGCCAGGAGAGAGGCCUCUCCACAUCGAAUAUUUCUUGCCAGAAAAGGGCAUUCUUUGACACCUAAUGUUUUCUUUGAUCUUGUUGAAGGGCUUCUUAAUUCAGCUUUAUCUGGGAUCAGGAGUUCCAACUCUCACUGCCCAAAUAAAGUUUCUUGGGUUGGCACUCACCUCUUCUUUCAGCUGGUGGCUGCCCCCAAACUCUUAAUAAUAAUUAUAUUUUAUAUACGUCCGGUUUUUCAGAACACUUUCACGUUGCUGUGUUUCAUUCGACUUUAACAGCAGUCUUUGAGGUAGGCAUUAGUAAUAACAGUUUAAAGAUGAGAAACAGAAGUUAAAGGCUGGAGUGGAACCCAUUUCUGAUAGUUUCUAAACGCCUUCACAUUGAAAUACCCAUUUGGAGUUCUCCCCAAAUUUAGGGGGCGAAGAUAUACCCUGUGAGAGUAGAGGUCCCUUUUCUUUACACCCAAAUCUGCUGACCCACUCCUUGUCAGAAAUCCUUAAUUGUACUCCUGGGUAAAAUCCACCAGAGCAGACUUUUUUGUCUCGUUAAUCAUGCUUGUACCCCCUACACUAAGAGAACAGUGCCAAGCAUAUUCUAGACACUAAUAUUUUUGUUGAGUGGAUUGAUUAAGUUCAGACCUUCAGUUCAUUCACCUUGGAUGUUUUUACCUCUUCAGCCCCCUUUCCUACCACCCCACUAGGGUCACCCUUUGCUCUAGAAAACAAAGACUUGCUAUUUUGCGGUUUAAUAAUAGCUAACUAUGCUUAUUUUUGGCCUGGCACUGUACUAAGUAGUUUGCAUUGAAUCUUCCUCAUCACCCUGAGAUGGUAUUUUGCAGUUGAGGAACCGAAGCACAGACCUUGAGUGAGGUCACACAGCUGGUCAGUUACAGAUCUGGAGUUUGAACUCAGGUCCUGCAUCUCCAAUAUGGAAUGUAUGUUUGGCCCUGUGCUGUGGUCCUAGCCCAGUACCUGUGGUUUCACAGAAGAUCUCUGCCAGGCAAGGCUGUCUUAGAGAUUGGAGGGGGAGUGAGCCUUCCAGGAAUUAUGGCUGCAAAAUGUGGUGCUGAAGUAAUACUGUCAGACAGUUCAGAGCUGCCUCACUGUCUAGAAGUCUGUCGGCAAAGCUGCCAAAUGAAUAACCUGCCACAGGUGCGCAUCAUAGGACUAACGUGGGGUCACAUGUCUCAAGAGCUCCUGGCUCUGCCACCACAAGAUAUCCUUCUUGCAUCUGAUGUCUUCUUUGAACCAGAAGACUUUGAAGACAUUUUAACUACGGUAUACUUUUUGAUGCAGAAGAACCCCAAGGUCCAGUUAUGGUCUACUUACCAGGUCAGAAGUGCUGACUGGUCACUUGAAGCUUUGCUCUACAAGUGGGAUAUGAAAUGUGUCCACAUCCCUCUGGAGUCUUUUGAUGCAGACAAAGAAAACAUAGCAGAGUCUGCCCUCCCAGGAAGACAUACUGUUGAAAUGCUGGUCAUCUCCUUUGCAAAGGACAGUCUCUGAUUACAUGUACAAGCUGUUUUAGGACAAUAUGUCAAUACUGAUUAGCAACCUGGUAUGGCAACUAGGACUCAGACCACUUCAGCUUCUUGAGAGCACAAGCAGUACCAUCUGAAGACGGUCAGAUCUGUUGGCCUGAGAUUAUGGAAGGUCACCUAGAUAGCACUCGUGGGUUACAUAGCCAUGAAAACAAAAAUUAAAACAUCUGUAAGAAAAAGGACUGAGAUUGUUCUUAAGUCAUCAAAAUGGGGCAUAAGUUAGGUUAUGAGAGAAGGGGGUACCCACGACCUCCAAGUGCUACCUUAGAGCAUGGUUUUUAGGGGUAGUGGGUGCUGAACUGGCAUUUCCACUUUUUAACUCAGUAAAAAGGCCAGCAACUAGACACUUCACUUUCAUACUAUACAUUCAGUAACAUUCACAAAAUAACUGCACAGAUCUUUCAAAUAAAGGGGGAAAAAAAGACCAAGACAUAUUCUGAGAAAAGCUAACACCAAGAAAACGUUUUAAUUAAACUACAGAAACAAAAGUCAUAGUACAGAA